AAAAAAUUUUCACCACAAAGUCAGAGAUCUCAGUACAAAGAGAAAGGAAUUAGUUUCUCUCUCAGACACGGAGUCCGAGGCAGCCGCUUCCGAAGCUUUCUCCGCCAAAAUGAAGAUCUACGCCGGUUGCUGCUUCUUCUCCUCCUAAAGUCACACACCGACGUGAAGCUCUCUCUGUCUCCUCCUUCCAUGGCGUCAAUUGUUGCUUCUCCUCCACCUUCUGAACCACCAGACCCAGACCUUGACGUAGUGUUUCCGGUGGACCCUCCUGACCCUCCAGUCCCCCCAGAUCCUCCGCCGCGUCUCCCUCUCUCCAACCCUCCUUCGUUUCACUUGCUCGCCCAUUCGGAGCUUCUACCGCAUAUAGAUCUGGCCUGUUCUCUAUUCAUCACUGCUAGAGCCGCCUCUGUUAUCCGUGACUACCAUGGGAGCAUCUCAUCAUCUUCAAGUCCCAGAUCUGCUAGCCUCGUCUCUUGCUGUCAAGGUCUUCAACGUACAAGGCUUCUUCUUCUUUUGCAAUCUAUCACCACUCAUUCAGCCAUCGACGAUCUGAAGAUUGGUCUCUCCGACGAGAUCUGCCAAUCUGGCAAAGCACCUGAAACACUUCAUAUCCAUCUCGUCGAGAGUGCCGUUUGGUCUGGUUUUCUUUGUGGUGUUCACUGCGGCUCAGUCGACGGCCUACUCUCCACCACCAGAAGUUGCUCUGUUCAGUCCAAGCCUCCCUUUGACGUAGCUCCCGGUACCUGCGCUUUCAUGUUAAGUUUGAUAGAGCUUGAUGACAAGCUGACUUGGUUGGUCUCAGGCAAACUACAGAUCCAUCACGGUAAUGUUGGUUUCCAAAGUAUAUGUCUGAGCUCAACCAUAGCUUACUCUUCAACGCUUGUCAAAGUCACACGUCGGGUGGUCUCGAGUUACAAUGAUAACAGAUCUUCUGCCAACAAUACUCCGCUCCAGUUCUGCUACCGCAAAGAUAAAUCCGAGCAGUAUCUUGUUGAGGCUUUGCUACAGAAACUGCCACAACCAGGCUCCACAUCUGAAAAUUCCGACGUACGCUGUUUCACUCCGAGCUUUUCCGACGACUGGCAACAGGGCUUUAGUUCCGUCAAAACUUUAUGGCGCCAUCACGGUAAUGCUGGAGCUAAAAGCCUUUGUCGUAAUUCAGCUUUUGUUAAUGCCUUAGAAGUCCUCGUCAAGCUCCAUUAUAUUGUCAUUGUCGUGAAUGUGGCCACCUUAUCACUAUUGGAUUCACCUAGUCCAUGCUUUCAAGCCUCGACCGUCUCACUGUCCUUCUCAGCAAACAUUAUGCUCGCCGAAGAUUCGGUAAGCUUAAGUGGUUUCAAAGCGGUUCAUAUAUGUUUCAGUGCCAAAUCAAGUCAAAUAGGGCUUUAUAUCCUUAUUCCAGAGGCCAUCACGUUUCGAUCGGCACUCUACAAGGCGCUAACCUUGGAGUUUUCUACACUCAAGGUUCUCUCCGACAGAUUAACGCUCAUGAGAGCUAUCACCGGCAAUCUCCAGUCAAAAGAAAUCAUCGGAACUGUGAAAGACAUCCGUUCGAUCUCCUCUGGUUUUGCAACAAUUUCCUUUUAUCAUGUUUAUGUUUUCCGCAAAAAGCUUUUCAAGCUCAUUUCCCUUUGUAACGGACAUCAUGAUUUGGGCCAUCGUUUUGGGCUCAUUUCUUCUUCUUAGUUUUCUAAUGAAAUAUUCAGUGACAAAAAAAAAAAAAAAAAGAGAAAGAAGCAAAACAAGCAAUAAUACAAAUUGCACUGAGGCUAGUCUGCUUGCUCUCAGGAAGAGCGCCGUAUGAAGGUGACGCAUCCGGAUUUCAAGAAAGCAAAGGAGAAGGUUAUGUUCAAGAAGAAAGAAGGCGUCCCUGAAAGCAUUUACAUGUAAAAGAAAGCAUCAUCGUCAUCCUCCACACUUUGCUUUAUUUAUACAUUUGCUUCUGCUUAGGAUCUUUCUGGUUAUGUAAACUAUUACCAUCUGAUUUCCUUCAUAAUAACAGUUCUUCAUUUCCAUU